GAUCCAUGGUAUCCUAGGGUUCUAACCCACUGUGCACCCACUGCCAGCACACCAUAUUCUCUCCACGGACAGACCAACUGCUGGCUACAUCCAGACAUCAACUACAUAGCCUUCCCCGUCAAGACAGGAGAGGUGUUCAUAUCCACCACCAGAGCUGCCCUCAACAUGGCCUACCAGGACUUCACCUCCGAGUAUGGCAAAACUCAAGUCCUGCUGCGCCUGAAGGGAGAGGAGCUUAUGGGUGUGGCUUUGAAAGCACCUCUGACAUCAUAUGAUGUCAUCUAUACUCUUCCAAUGCUCACCAUCAAGGAGGACAAAGGCACUGGAGUGGUGACCUCUGUACCCUCUGAUGCUCCUGAUGACUACGCUGCUCUUAGAGAUGUCCAAAAGAAGAAGGCUCUUCGUGACAAGUUUGGCAUAACUGAUGAAAUGGUUCUGCCCUACAAACCAGUCCCCAUUAUUGAUAUUCCAGGAAUCGGUAAUCUCUCUGCUGUCACUGCCUGUGACCAGUUCAAGGUGUCAUCACAGAAUGACAAAUCUCAACUUGAGAAGGCAAAGGAGAUGACCUACCUCAAGGGAUUCUAUGAGGGGGUUCUGCUAGUGGGGCCUCACUCGGGGAAGAAGGUGCAGGAGGCCAAGAAGCUGAUCCAGGGAGACAUGGUGGCCAGCGGAGAGGCUGUCCUCUACCAGGAACCUGAGGAGUGUCACCACUCGCUCAGGAGACCAGUGUGUCGUGGCCCUCACCAACCAGUGGUGGGGUUGGUCCCUCUUCGUCACGUGCACUUACAUGCUAUCCGCUGCCAGCAUUUGCACACUUUACAUCACUCAUGUACAUCGAACGGUUUUCUCUGAAAAUGCUCCGUUGCAAAGCUAGAGCGCUUCCACCGUAUGAGGUCU